AUGCCUGGCGUGCCGCAGCGGUUCAGCUCCGCCCGAGCUCGAUCUUACGUCCUUCGACUCCCGCUGUUCACCCGACUAAUUAUAGUCGUUAUUGUCUUCUUCUGGAUACUUAGUUUACCAAACUUCUGGGAUAUAAAGAAAUGGGGGGCCUUGAUCCCAGAUCAAGUCUCCAUUACUGCUGCCUACCGUCUCUCAACCUUUCCACUAGUGCAUCUGAACUGCAUACAUGCGUUUCUCAACGCGGUUGCCUUGACACCGCUCAUGGAGCGGUUCGAAAACGAACAUGGGACAUUGACCACACUCACCUUGUUUUUUGGACCACUCACGAGCAUCCCGGCCGUACUGUAUGUCAUUAUCGAGCGAGGUGUCCUGAGGGGCAACACCGAAGUCAUGGGCGCCAGCAUGUGGGUUUUCCUCCUCCUUGGAACAGAGGCGAUACGAACCUACCGUUCAAACCCUCACUUCGUCAUCGGUACAUAUUGCAUUCCCACUUGGACAACACCACUCCUCUUGAUUAUUGUUGUGGCUGCAUUGAUGCCAAACACAAGUUUGCUCGGGCACCUAAGCGGUCUGGGUGUUGGAUAUAUCUUUGGUCUCGGCUAUCUUAAGCUUCUCGCUCCUCCUGAGUGGGCCCUCCGUUGGAUUGAGACUCGCCUUAACCUUCUGGCAGUUCUGCCGCAUUACGUGAGCGUCGACCAGAAGACAUAUGGCCGAUUUGGGGUGCUACCUUUGACUAAUGCUCGUGCUGGGACUACAGUGGCAACAGAGCUAGUAGGCAGCACUCAGCGAUUAGGCCCCUAA